AUGGACAUGAACUCUCCACUGAACGAUCCAUCAAUCUGUUCCUCUGUCUGCUGGAAGUCAAAGAUCAGACUCUGUCCAAAGAGAUUCAGGAUUUUUGUGAAAUCAGAAAAAGACUCAGAGAAGAAACUCUGCCCUGCUCACUGCUCAACAAUUGCCUACAUGCUUCAGAUGUCAGAGGAGGUGCUGGAUGAGCUGGACCUCCAGAAAUACAACACAUCAGAUGAAGGUAGAAGCAGACUCAUACCAGCUGUGAUCAACUGCAGAAAUGCUCUUCUUGCUGGCUGUAAUCUUACUGCUCAGCAAUGUGACAUUGUGUCAUUAGCUGUACAGUCCUCAGAAUCUGCCCUCAGAGAGCUGGACCUGAGUAACAAUGACCUGCAGGAUUCAGGAGUAAGGCUUCUCUCCGAUGGACUGAAGAGCCAAAACUGUCAGCUGGAGAUACUGAGGUUGUCAGGAUGUAUGGUGACAGAAGAAGGCUGUCGUUAUCUGUCUUCAGCUCUGAGUUCAAACCCCUCACACCUGAGAGAGCUGGACCUGAGCUACAAUCACCCAGGAGAAUCAGGAGUCAAGCUGCUCUCUGACAAACUGAAGGAUCCAAACUACUCACUGGAGAUUCUCAAUUUGGACUAUGGAGAGUCUUUCAGGAUCCAACCAGGACUACAAAAAUAUUUCUGUGAUCUCACACUGGAUCCAAACACAGCGAGCACUCAACUCAUUUUGUCUGAGCACGGAGAGGUGAAAUAUGUGGAAGAGCACCAGCCAUAUCCUGAUCAUCCAGAGAGAUUUAAAGAUAUUCUCAGGUUCUCUGUCGAGAGAGUCUGA